CGAGUGGUGCCUCCGUAGUCUCUCCGAUUUCUUAACCUACAAAACCAUUAUUAACCUACAAAAAAUUUAGUGAGAGAAGUCAGAUUUCAGAAGAGCGUCAUAUAACCUCGAGUCGAGGAGAGGUUGAAGGCGCAAAUCCACCAUCCGGUGGAGCAACACAACAAAAACGAAACCCAAUGAGAUAAGAGAGAAGAAUUCGAAGAAUCAGUAUAUAUUCCAGUUAAUUAAGGAGAAAUAGUGGAGAAAAUACAGGUUAUAUAUAAGCACUUGAUCAAGAAGAUAGGAAAGAUCUAACGUGAUCGUACUCAAAAGUGAUAAACAUUUUUUUUAACAAUUGUAACCAUGUAUUAAUAUUAACAACAGUUCUGCUGCGAACAUUUUAUCGAGCAUUCGCUUUACUGUAAACACAACAAAAUGGGAGGCGGAGAUUUGAAUUUGAAAAAGUCAUGGCAUCCAUCUACUAUGAAGAAUAUGGAGAAAGUGAGGAAGGCGGAGCAGCAGAAUGUUCAAGAGACUAGAAGGAUAGCCGAGUUGAAGAAAGAGAUCGAAAUGGAGAAAGAUUUGGAAGACUUGAAAAAAUAUGCUGUCGAACAGGGUGUAAUAGAGAAGAAGGACGAUAAGAAAUUAGACUGGAUGUAUAAAGGGCCAAAUGAAAUGAUCAACAGGGAGGAGUACUUGUUAGGCAGACCAGUCGAUAAGGCUUUUGAGCAAAUGCAACAGACGGAGAAAGAUGUAGAGCUGAAUAGAAUGCCAAAAAACCACGUUGAAUAUGAAUGCAUCCCACCCUCGCUGCGAUUUUUCUCUGGUAACGAACAAGUCGAUCUGGCUAGAAAAAUACAAGAAGAUCCUCUAUACGCGAUAAAGAAGAAAGAAAUGGAAAGUAGGAAUCAGCUGUUGAAAAAUCCUGUUAAACUAAAGCAACUCAAGGAAUUGCUGGAGCAACAAUCAUCCAAAAGUAAAAGUGAAAAGAAGAAAAAGAAAGAAAAGAAGGAUAGUAGCGAGGAUGAGGCCAAAUUGGAUAUGUUAUUAGCCACUAAAUAUAAACAAUUGAAGGAUAAUAUCAGUGAAAAAGACUUGCUGAAAUCGAUGAAAAAAAUAAAACAUAAGCGAGCGAAAAAGUCAAAGAAGCGUUAUCGUGAUUCCGACAGCGAAACGGAUAGCAGCAAUGAUGACACUUCUAUUAAAAAGAAACACCACAAAAGACGAAAGAAACAAAAGAAAGGUACAACUGAUAGUGACGAUGACAGUAGUGAUAGUAAUAGUAGGAAGAGUAUCACUAAACGUGAGAAGGAAGAUAAUAAAAAGGAAUAUGACAGGAAAUAUUCGAGAAAUGAUACAAAAAUAGACGAAAUCAAGAAAGAAGAUAGAAAAAGAAAAGUGAGUGAAGAAAGAAAUCCGAAAUAUGAGAGCAGCAAAAGACACAGAGAGGAAAGAGAGGAGUAUAAUAAGAACGACAAACGACGACGAUAUGACAGUAAUUAUCAUAGAGAUGACUCGAGAAAUAGAUACAAUGAUAAAAGAAGAUAUUCAAUGGACAAACAAAGCGAUGCAACGAUAUCUAAUAGCGAAAGAACCUCAGCCAACAAAUCAACUUCCAAUACUGAUCACAUUAGAUUUAAGGAUAGAAAAGAAGAGAGAUAUAGGUCGAAGGCAAGGUCAGGUCUUACCGAGGAGGAGAAGGAGCAACGGCGAAAAGAGAUGAUGGCAAACGCAGUGUGGCGCGAUAAAGAAAGAGAGAAAAACGUGAAAAUAUACCGCGAGCAAGAGAAGAAGGAAGAACAGAAUAGCGAUAAAUCGUACAAUAAGGACUUUAUCAGAAAACAAUUGGUCGUCGCGACAGAAGUGGGUACCGUCGCGUCUAGAAUCAAAGCCAACAUUAACAAUAUACAACGUUCCGGACGAGCGAUGGAUACAAAUUUCGCUAAAAGAUGAUUAUCUCCAAUCACAUGUACUUUGUACAUUUGCACAGUACUGGAGUUUUCAUACAUGAAAAUUCUACAAAAAUGUAAAAAUACAUUAUUGAAAUAUAUUAUUGCCUAAGGGAAUA